AUGAAUUAUAUGCUUAUAUUAAUAUAUGUUGUUAUUUUUGUUUGCGAUCGCUAUAAAGGUGUCAAUUCAUUUGUUCCUGAAGGAAGAGCAGAACAUAAUGCAAUUCUUGUUGAAAAAAGAUUAUAUUUUCAUGGUGGAUGGCUUGUGAAUCCACCCGAUUCUCGUUAUCCUAAUAAUGUGUUAUUCUUUCUUGAUGUUUCAAUACCUUUUACCAUAUCCAAUAAAUCCCUGAUGCCCUGGACAGACCUUUCUUCAAUUACAGGCGCAAUAAACCGAACCGGAGCGUCAGCUUGCGUUGAUAUGCUUAAAGCCUCAAUUUUUUUUAUUGGUGGGGACUAUUCUGUAAAUGCUAUUACAGUAUUUAAUACCACAUUACAGCAAUGGAGUAUACCAAGUAUUUCGGGACAGAUACCUUUGCCAGGCAAUUUAAAAUAUGUUCCUUGUAUUAGCUUAGAAAAUAAAAUAUAUAUUUAUGGUGGUAAUACAUCUCUAAGUGCCAUGAAUCAAUUAGAUACUUUAAAUUUAUCAUGGUCUAUAUUAUCAUAUUCAAUAUCGUCCAGCAAAACUCAAGGUUAUAGUGCUACAUUGUUAAAUGAUUCAAUUUUAUAUAUUGGAGGCACAAAUAAACUUCAAUCACAAGGUUGGGAUUGUCCAAGCAAGACAUCUAAUUUAAUGAAAGAG